ACUGAAAUGUCGAAAACGCGCCAAGAUUCAAAAUCACAAAAAUUCCAAGAAAAACAAACCCUAGUUUUCUUCCCCAAAAUCAAACACCUUCCCUUUUUCAUUUUCAUCUUAAUCACUUCGUCACUUCGUUCUUUCAUUUUGAUUUUGUUACCUCGAUCCCCAAUUUCUUACGCUAACUCACUAACACAGUAACCCUAAUCAGCACUCCGCACUAUCUCUCGUCGCUGCUCACUCUGUCAGUAACUUGCGGCGGCACAAUUCACUCCGUCAUAGCUCAGUUCACUCUUUCGAUGAGUUAAGUGAAGUGCGGAAGCAGCAGGCAGGAGGAUAUGAAUACCAAGUACUAUGAUGUUGAUGAUAUUAUAAUGGAAGAAGAGACUGUGUCAGUUAUAUUUCAGAAGGCUGCAUCUGGAGUGGGAAUAGAUCCCAGUUCUGUAAUGGACUUUAUUGAAACUGGUUCAAAAGUUGAAUUGCCCUUUUGGCUUGCUCAUGAGUUACAGAUGAGACAGGCAGUAUCAGUCAACGUUCCCCCUUGUUUUGAUAAAAAAACAAGGCUAGAGAUCCAAGCUGAUUCGGCCGGUGUGGAUCUGAGGUCCAGAUGUCCAUUCUUUUAUGAGUUUGGUUGCAAGAUAGCACCCAUAGUUGGCGACCGAACCAUUGGGUUUCUGUUGUUGUCUGCUUUUAAGAGUAGGUACAAGGAAAUUCUCACGAAGGCCCAUUCUGUAGCAUUUGCUGCUGGUUCCAAAUUUUGGUCUAUUCUGACAAAAGAAGAGAUCAACUUGUAUGAGACAGCUCAAUCCGAAAUGGCAUCCUUCAAGAAGUGGCGAAUGGGAGGGCCCAGAUUUCAGAUAGCUUCUGUUCUGGGAAAAAAGAGAAAAUCCGCUGAAUAGUUGCUUUGCUUUAACCAUCCAUUGAGUGCUAGUUGAAUCAUCUGUACCAUACCAUUGAUCAUGGGUUGUGCCUACAGUGUACUAGUGGCCCUAACAGGGUGUGAUUUUUCCCGUAAGUGGCACUCUUUCAAAACAAAAAAAAAAUCUCUAGCGGGACUCCUUUGAAAUUUAAUUUCCUAAUUAGCACCUUUUACUGUUUAUGAUUGAAAUUUGAUUGUGAGGAGCUGAAUUUCUACUUCCAAUCUGCGGUUUUUCUUGUUUUCUUUUUUUAUGUCAUGCUGGAUCAGGGGAAGAUUGUAGCACUGUGGCAUGUCAGAAAUUGGUCUUUGAGAAGUGGGAUUUUUGACCUUAUAUUUGUGGUUUUUAUUGUGUUUUUAUAACCGGAAUUUGAUCUUGUAACUAGAAAAGCAAAACGGACGUGGAAUUUGGCUCAGUGGGUAUUGAAUUCCCACUGU